AUGGAGAACCCAUUCUCGCCCUUGCAAGGUAAAGUUGCCCCAUUGGUCGCCGCCAUGGAGGGGGCAAUUAGAUUGGUGGAGGCCGAAGCGAACCAAGAGAUGAGAAUCAGCCGAGCCAAAAAUGCAUUGUCAUACUUCGACCAAAUUGUGAAAGAAAUGGAGUCACUACUGGCCGAGUCUACAGAGCUUCGGAACAAGAAUUUUGAAGACGAGGUCGCUCGUAGAUUAAUCUCGGAGAAGCAAGAACUAGAAAUAGAGAAGCACACUCUUGCAACGGAGAAGGAGACCUCCAACCAAGAGAAGCAGACACUCUCAGCGGAGAAGGACUCUUUGGAAGCCAAAAAACAAUCCUUUGCCGAAGAGAAGCGGGCUCUCGCCGAAGAGAAGAAGGAUGUGGCAUCGGUGACCAAGGCUCUGGGCUUGGAGAACGUGGCCCUAACUGAACAGAUGCGAUCUAUAGCCGCAGAACAGCAAACUCUUUGGUCCGAGAAAGAGGCUUUAGCUACAGAGCGGCGACAUCUAGAGUCGGGAAAGGAAGUCUUGGACACAGGGCAGCAAUUGCUGGAGUCGGAAAAGGAAGCCCUAGCCGCCGAACAGCAAACCGCCCAGGAACUCUUCCAGGCCAUGAAGCUUGAGAAGGGAAAUUGCGAAGCCAAGGGUCAGGGUCAGGGUCAGGAUCAGGGUCAGAGUCAGGGUCAAGGUCAAGGUCAGGGUCAGAGUCAGGGUCAGGGUCAGGGUCAGGGUCAGGGUCAGGGUCAGGGUCAGGGUCAGGGUCAGGGUCAGGGUCAGGGUUAA